UCAACCCGCUGCUGUCUCUCUGUUCUUAAAAAACCAUAUAUUAAAGCGAACACAAGGCCUGAAUACAGUGUUUUGAAAAAGAAAUGGCAUCAGCAGUCUUCAUUUUGGACCUAAAGGGAAAGGUCCUUAUAUCUCGAAACUACCGAGGCGACAUUCCAAUGAGUGCCGUCGAGAAGUUCAUGCCCCUGAUAUCCGAAGCUGAAGAUGAGCAAGUGCCACUACCUUGUUUUACCCAUGACGGCAUCAAUUACUUAUACUUGAAGCAUAGCAACCUUUACCUGCUCGCGAUCACUCGAAAGAACACCAACGCAGCUUCGAUCAUGCUAUACCUACACAAACUUACCCAAGUGUUUUCAGAAUACUUUAAAGAACUCGAGGAAGAAUCAAUCCGAGACAAUUUUGUUAUCGUUUACGAACUUUUGGAUGAGAUGAUGGACUUUGGAUAUCCCCAGACUACCGAAACCAAGAUUUUACAAGAAUAUAUCACCCAAGAUGCAUACAAACUCGAGGUUCAAGUGCGUCCACCCAUGGCUGUCACUAAUGCUGUGUCAUGGCGUUCUGAAGGAAUUAAAUACAAGAAGAAUGAAGUGUUUUUGGAUGUCAUUGAGAGUGUGAACUUGUUGGUAAAUGCAAAUGGCAAUGUGCUGCGAAGUGAAGUACUUGGCGCCGUUAAGAUGCGCUGUUACCUUUCUGGCAUGCCAGAAUUGCGCUUGGGCUUGAACGAUAAAGUGAUGUUUGAGGCCACAGGACGAGGAGCCAACUCGACCAAGGCCAUCGAGAUGGAAGACGUCAAGUUCCACCAAUGUGUUCGUUUGUCACGAUUCGAAAACGACCGCACUAUCAGCUUUAUCCCGCCAGAUGGAGAUUUUGAGUUGAUGAGUUAUCGAUUGCAAACAAGCGUCAAGCCUUUAGUUUGGGUUGAAGCUGUGGUAGAAACAUACUCGGGUUCUCGAGUCGAGUAUUUGGUCAAGGCACGGGCACAGUUUAAGCGGAAGAGCACUGCCAACAAUGUCGAGAUUGAAGUUCCUGUCCCCGAUGACGCAGAUACACCCAAAUUCAAGAGCAGUAACGGCUCUGUAUCGUACAAACCAGAAAGAUCUUGCCUUGUAUGGAAAAUCAAACAAUUCCAGGGUGGCAAGGAAUUUAUUAUGCGCGCUCAUUUCGGAUUGCCUUCCGUGCAAGCCGCUGAAGAGACGGAAAAACGGCCACCGAUAAACAUCAAGUUUGAAAUCCCUUACUUUACAGUGUCUGGUAUCCAAGUAAGAUACCUCAAAAUCGUAGAGAAGAGUGGUUAUCAGGCCCUUCCAUGGGUGCGGUACAUCACGCAAAACGGAGAUUACCAAAUGCGUAUGCCUGAAAGCAUCAAAGCAAACAAACAAGUUAGCUAUUAUUAACACCAUUAUAUACACAAGAAAAUGUCCGCCAUCCACUCUCCUUCUUCCUCUCUGCACAACCCACACACACAACGAAUCUCCACCACACUAUUUGUACCUCAGCCGCCUUUUUGCUGAUAUAUAAAAACACAAAUUAUAUAUAAAGUAUCCUGUACCCUCAACCCCUGGUUACUAAGAUAUCCCAGGGUUUUAAGUGUUCCGAAACAGCAACAUUUAAGUGACACAUAUCCCACUGCCAAGUAAAGCAUGAACAUAAAUAGCACGCACACUAUGCUCAGCUCUGUGUAAUUUUCUUUUACUUUCAACAAAUCACAAAGCCAA